AUGGGGAGUUCAGUACACCCACCGGGGCGGUUCCCUCGGCUCAUCCUUGCUUUGUCAUUUUGCCUUGUAGCAACGAGUGUGGUUGCUGAUCACAAACCUUACGAUUAUUCUUCUCCACCUCCACCAUACCACUCAAAGGACAAACAUUCUCCUCCUCCUUACUACUACAACUCACCACCACCAUACUAUUACAAGUCUCCACCUCCACCGUCUCCCUCUCCACCGCCUCCUUAUUACUACAAGUCUCCACCUCCACCCUCUCCCAGUCCCCCACCACCAUAUUAUUACAAGUCACCACCUCCACCAUCUCCUAGUCUCCCACCACCAUACUACUACAAGUCCCCACCUCCUUACAUUUACAAGUCACCACCACCUCCCUCACCUAGCCCUCCACCACCAUACUACUACAAGUCUCCCCCUCCCCCUUCUCCUAAUCCCCCACCACCAUACUACUACAAGUCUCCACCUCCACCAUCUCCUUCUCCACCUCCUUACAUUUACAAGUCACCACCACCUCCCUCACCUAGCCCUCCACCACCAUACUACUACAAGUCUCCCCCUCCACCUUCUCCUAGUCCCCCACCACCAUACUACUACAAGUCUCCACCUCCACCAUCUCCCUCUCCUCCACCUCCUUACAUUUACAAGUCACCACCACCACUAUCUCCAUCACCGCCACCUCCUUACUAUUACAAGUCACCUCCACCCCCUUCACCUAGUCCACCACCUCCAUACAACUACAAUUCACAACCACCACCAUAUCCUAGUCCACCGCCACCAUAUUAUUACAAGUCACCACCUCCUUCUCCAUCACCUCCACCACCUUAUCACUACAAAUCACCACCACCUCCUUCUCCGUCACCACCGCCACCUUAUUACUAUUACAAGUCACCCCCUCCACCCCCUUCUUAUCACUACUAA